AUUGCCGCUGCCCCUGCGUACAAUGUCUCUCGCAGAAGCAUCAGAGUCAAGAAAGGCUCGGCUGAUAGCCUUGCGAAAGCGCAAGGCUGGAGAAGCCGUAGAUGACAGUGAGGAAGUGGUCAUCCGGACGCGAAACUUUGACCCAGAGACUCGAACAUUGAGAAAGCAUACUCCAGAUAUAGAGAUGGAAACCGUCGAGAAAGCCGUGGACGGGAUAGCAGAGAAGAUCAUUGCUGAGGAUGAAGAGCGGAGAGCACAAGACUUGGACUUGUUUAACAUUGCCCCAAAACGUCCGAACUGGGAUUUGAAGCGCGAAAUGGAGAAGAAGAUGGCGAAACUGGAGAGGCAGACACAAAGGGCGAUACAUACCCUCAUUCGACAGCGAUUGGCUGCACAGAAGGGUCAGUCCGACGACCUGGUGGGCGCCAUGCGCGCACAGGAGAAGGAAGACAUGGAGGAGGCCAACUCUGACGAAGAGUGAACGCCCCUCUCGGCUUUCAGGCUUUCGAUCAUUUUAUGGUUAUAAUUUAUUGGGCAGAACAUUGUAUCCAUAGGUUCGCGGCAAUUGCUUUCUGACACCACUUCACUGCCUACCAGAGACCGCGGGGUACCUGGUGUUUGUAGGCGUCCCACGAUAGGGUUCCCCUUGCUUUACUCUCACCGCGAUGAAAUUCCCGCCGACCUGCCCUAGUUUUAUCGAAGACACGUAUCAUUCGUAUCCCCGCGCUUCACGACCUUGAACCAUCCGAACUGGCCGUGCUUGCAUCCUUUCAGUUACGGUCGACGGGAACAUCUUCAGAUAAAACGGCAGCAGAGUUUUCCAUUGUCCUGCAAGCCGCGCCCUAAGCUCGGAAGCGGAUGCCAGAUCCUG